AGCGCCACCCGGUUAGUUCCUCAAAAUCUCUCCAUCCGCUAUUUUAUGAUGUUGGAGCUUCUCUGAGCAUCUAAAACGCAUGACAGCUCUUUAUUAAACAAACAAAUGCGCCUGAAGUGAGUGGACUUCUAUAGAUCAACGGUAAAAGCGGUCGAAAAGGCGCAAAUAUGUCGGCCAGCGCUGUUUAUGUGUUAGAUCUGAAGGGGAAGGUGCUGAUCUGUCGUAAUUACCGCGGUGAUGUGGACAUGUCAGAGAUCGAGCACUUCAUGACCCUGCUGAUGGAUAAAGAGGAGGAGGGAACGCUGUCGCCCAUCCUGGCUCACGGGGGAGUUCGCUUCAUGUGGAUCAAACACAAUAACCUGUACCUUGUUGCAACAUCCAAAAAGAAUGCUUGCGUCUCCUUGGUUUUCUCCUUCCUCUACAAAAUUAUUCAGGUUUUCUCUGAAUACUUUAAGGAGCUGGAGGAGGAGAGCAUCAGAGAUAACUUUGUCAUAAUCUACGAGCUGCUGGAUGAACUCAUGGACUUUGGAUACCCGCAAACAACUGACAGCAAGAUCCUCCAGGAAUACAUCACGCAGGAAGGUCACAAGCUGGACACGGGCGCUCCUCGGCCCCCUGCUACGGUCACCAACGCCGUCUCCUGGAGGUCUGAGGGCAUCAAGUACAGGAAGAACGAGGUUUUCCUGGACGUCAUCGAGUCUGUCAACCUCCUGGUCAGCGCGAACGGUAACGUCCUCCGCAGCGAGAUCGUGGGCUCCAUUAAGAUGAGAGUGUUCCUCUCAGGAAUGCCAGAGCUGCGUUUGGGUCUGAAUGACAAGGUUCUGUUUGAGAACACCGGCCGUGGGAAGAGUAAGUCUGUGGAGCUGGAGGAUGUGAAGUUUCAUCAGUGUGUGCGUCUGUCUCGAUUCGAGAACGAUCGCACGAUCUCCUUCAUCCCUCCAGACGGAGAGUUUGAGCUGAUGUCCUACCGCCUCAACACACACGUGAAGCCUCUGAUCUGGAUCGAGUCUGUGAUCGAGAAGCAUUCACACAGCAGAAUCGAGUACAUGAUCAAAGCCAAGUCUCAGUUCAAGCGACGCUCGACUGCCAACAACGUGGAGAUCCACAUCCCAGUCCCGACGGACGCAGACUCGCCCAAGUUUAAGACCACGGUGGGCAGCGUCAAGUGGGUGCCGGAGAACAGCGAGAUCGUUUGGUCCAUAAAAUCUUUCCCUGGAGGGAAGGAGUACCUGAUGAGGGCUCAUUUCGGGCUGCCCAGCGUUGAGGCGGAGGACAAGGAGGGAAAACCACCAAUCAGUGUCAAGUUUGAGAUCCCAUACUUCACCACCUCUGGUAUACAGGUGCGUUACCUGAAGAUCAUUGAGAAGAGCGGCUAUCAGGCCCUGCCUUGGGUGCGAUACAUCACCCAGAACGGAGACUAUCAGCUGCGGACUCAGUAAACGUGAAGAAUUAGCCACGAGCAUCAUGGGUCUCUUCUGCUGAGCUCCACACUCAUCUGCAGUAUUCAUCAUUUCAAACAAAUACAUGUCAGAUCUUGGAUUUAUGAACUACAAUUGAAUCUUUAAUACCGUGUUGAUUAGAUUGUGAAUCUUAACUUUUGAAUCUUUGAGAGAUGUUCCUCGAUUGUUAGAUUGAUGUCAUGAUUUUUAAUCACAUUCCCUUCAAAUUCUGAUUGUUUCUUUUGAUUUUGUGUUGAAAUACGAGUCUGACGUCUAUGGAGGUUUUUCCUCAAGUACACACAAAUGCUGAUUCGCUUGAAUUGAAUUAUUUUGUGGCUAUUCCACAAGUGUUAAUUCACAUACUGCAGAUGUGUGUGUGUGUGUGUGUUUGACAUUUUGACAGUCCUCAACCAAUGGUACCAAGUCACAUCUGAACGGAGGAAGUGCUCAUGUGUCACAUUUCUGAUGUUUUCAUACUGUAAACACGUCAUGUUUAGAAUGGAGAGCCGUUGGUUAUUUAUCAGAUGAACUCAACAACAGUCGUGAGGUCACAGUGAUAGUAUGUUGCAGAUUACAGUGUUUGUUUGUUACAUUAUUAAAUCCAGAAAGGUCAAAUGAAUCGACUCUUGUUGAAACGGUUGUAUUUCUUUGCCAUCAUUUCGUUCAGUAUUUCCACAGACAUUGUUUUCUAACAUUCAGGAUUUUGUUAUGUCAUUCCUGCACACUGCUGACUCUUAAGUUGUUUUUUGUAGCAUGUUGUAAUUCAGUGUUAUCUGGGAUCUGUACCUCAUGAGUUUACUACUACUGCUAAAAUUCUGAAUUACAGUCGGUGUUAAACUAUUCAACACAAAACUGAAAUCUAAAGUCAACCACAGUGCCAUUUUUUUGUAUUUGUCUAAUUUAAUUUGUCUUUAAAGGAUGGGAUGUGAGGGUUACCAUGUUUACUAUGGUAGUCAUGCAGUGGAGCUGAAAUGUGACAUACUGUAAUUGUAUUCCUUUCAAAAUGUUUCUGUAUCUCAUGAAAAUAAUUCACCUCCUCGUCAAGCAUCAAUAAAGUACCUGUUUAGAAAAUA